AUGAAGGAAAAGCAAGAAGGACACACAAACCAACAUACAAGGCUACGACGAGCAAUGAGCGUUCACACCCCAUUUCUGUCGCCACCCCAGUAUCCCAAUGUUCCUCAAUGGGGCACAAUAGGCUUGAUGGCCGCUGGCGUGAUUUGUAGCGGGAUUGCAUCGAUGGGCCUUUCUUGGUGGCACAGUGCGGACUACUUUCACCACCAGGGAUCUUAUAGCAGAGGUUGGGUUGGUUACGAUGUAUUCACGUUUAUUGGUUUGCUGCUGUUUACUGUUUUUGCCCCUGUCGGUGUGACGCUGCUUUACAUGGGUGUGAGUGCACUGUUACGCGUGUGGAACAACACACUGGGGAUGGUUGCGUUUGGUCUUGUGGGUGCCGUCUUCACUGCCGUUGGAUGCCUGGGAAUGUUCUGGGGAAAUGAAACGAUGCGGUGCCUGGGUAUUUUUUGCGUUGACAGCACCAAGUACGUUGAGGUGCCUGGAUUGAGGCCGGAAGCCGGCAUCGGUUUUCUUUCCGUCACCGGCAUCACGGUGUUCCUCUCGCUUGUGCCAAUGGGCCUUGUGAUGCUGCUGCAGGUGGCUCUGAGGAUGACCGGGAUUGAUCGCCGCUGGCUUGCGCCAAUACGUCAGAAGCUUUGCGUCAAGCGGGUAGUUGUUGUUCCCUUUGCUGCAGGUGCGUUCGUUCUUGCUGCGUGCUGGGCAAUCAUUACUUUCUACGUUCCCAACUCAUGGGAAUACUUUUCAGCGAGCAGAAUUGCGAGGAACGCGCAGCUGCACGCCACAGGAAAUUACACGUUGUGUCGAACGGCGAGGAAUAACUUCACGUGUCCGGAGCUUCCGUGGGCGUGGGUGUUUACGCGUAACUGGGUUUGGAGCGAUUCCGUGGUGCUGAAGAUGUAUCCGAGCAACAUCUUUUUCUUCUCGUACCUUCUCAUUUUGUUGCUGACCGUCACCGUCAUUCGUGCGAGUCGCGCCGGGCGCAGGUUCCUGAAGAGGCGGUGCCCCCUUCUGCGGUGCUUCACUUUGGGCGAGGCGAGUUUUGCCUUUUUGACGUUGGCGAUGCUGCUGCUGUUCUUCUUGUACUGGAUACAAGCCCAUAACUUUAAUAUGAGCUGGACUGGAGGGAGUGAUGCGGGUAUAAAGGCCUCUGAGCGGUGGGCUCGCGCGCUUGGUCAGUUGGCGGUUGCGUUGCUGUCGUUGCUCAUGUUUCCCGCGAGUCGGUUUUCUGUACUCCACUCCAUCCUGGGCACCUCGUGGGAGUCUUUGAUCUGGGUCCACAAAGUGCUGGGGUAUGGGAUGUUGCUUGCGACGGUUGGCCACAUGGUUGCUUUUUACGUGUGUUAUGGCCAGGCGGGGAAACUUCCGCGUGGCAUUUUCUCCAUUCCGAUGGUGGACAAACCUGGACAUAUUAACAAUUUUACUGUCCCGCUGAUCUCGCUGACGACGUGGUUCAUGAUAGUGGCCAUGGGUCUUUUUGCGCUGGAGCCGGUGCGACGCAGGUUCUUUGAGCUGUUCUACUACCUGCACAUCUUGUCGUUCUACAUGAUUGCUCCCACGGUACUGUGGCACUCUGCAGCUGCGUGGGAGUACUUCCUGCCUGGCCUGACUGUGUGGUUUGUGGACCGGCUGUUGCGGAUGCACCGGAGUGCGUCGACGGUGGAGGUGGUGUCUGCCGUUGCAAGCGGCUCGUUUGUGGAACUGAGCUUUCGCCACGCGUCUCUGAGCGCAGCACCUGGGCAGUACGCUUUUGUGAACAUCCCCGAGUUGUCUCUCUUGCAAUGGCACCCGUUCAGCUUUAGCAGCGCAUGCGAAGGGUGCUACACGUUCCACAUCAAGGCUAUGGGGGAUGACAGCUGGACGGGACAUCUGGUGAAGCUGGUGAGUGAGCGUGGCAGCAGCCUCUCAUUAAGUGUUGACGGGCCGUGUGGACGCGUUCACGAAUUUGACGACUACGGUGUUGUUGUGCUUGUUGCCGGCGGCAUCGGCGUGGCACCGUGCGCUGCGAUCUACAGCCACCUGCGUCGGCAGAGAAUGGGGGGUAGUUGGGCCCCUGCCGUGACACUGCUGUGGACUGUUCGUGACGCCGAACUGGUGCCCAUGAUGUCGCACCUGUGGAGUGACGGCGGGGACACUUCCGUGGCGAGCAAUUCCUCGUUGGAGCACAGCAUUGUCUCGUGUUCACGGAACACCGCCGGUGAGCUGCCUUCAUUGCGCCUGUUUUUGACGGGUGAAUCCGCGUGCGGGACUCUUCCCCAGAGGAAGAUUGAUGUGUCCACUGGGCGGAUCGACGCUGCUGUUGAGAUCCCCUUCGUCAUCGGCGACGCGGAUCCUCGCACAGUGUUGGUGUUUGCGUGUGGUCCGGCUGGCCUGGUGAGGAGUGCGAGGGACGCCGCCCUGUCGCUUGGUGUGGACUUCCACGAAGAGACAUUUCUGCUUUAG